AUGGAGUACAUGGGAAGCAAUAUAACAUACAACAAAGACAUAUACAGUGAGUUUAAGUACUACUGUGAACAGCAUGAGAUUGAAGUAAUGAGUAAAGGAGACUUUGAAACGCUUAUGAAAGACAGUAAGGAGGUCGUUCAUGAGAACAGUGUUGAAAUAGUUCAUGAGAACAGUGAGGAGGUCAUACAUGAAUGCAAUGAUGAAAUAGUUCACGAUGUCGUUCGUGAAGAAGCCAUUGCAACAAAGAAUGUUAUAAAGGAUUUCAUAGAACUUAACAAGGAGGAGUUUAAAGAAGGCUAUGAAGUGAAAAGAUGUGAAGAAGAUUUCUUGGCGUAUUUGAAGAAAAAGAGACUAAAGCCAAUGGCUCAAAAUAAGUUUCAAUCGAUGUUUGAAAAGAAACGUUUGAGCUAUGGUGGUGUAAGAAGCACAUAUUACUUUGUUAAGAAGUGA